AUGGCCCUCAAUCAUACCAUAAAUGAGACCAUCAAAGAAUACAUGAUUUUUGCUGACUCGCUAUCCAGUUUGAUGGUAAUAGAAAAUCAUAAAGCCAACAACCCACUAAUAACACAAAUUCAAAACUCUAUAAAUACACAUAUGACAAUAAAUAACAACAAGAUAAAAUUUGUGUGGAUACCGAGCCACAUAGGAAUAGAAGGGAACGAAAAGGCCGAUAAAGCUGCAAAUCUGGCUCAUCGCCUCCCUGUCUCAAACAUACCAAUACCAUACUCUGAUAUCAAGGACUCCUCCAAGGUGCGAAAUAUGUGGAACACAGCUCACAAUUUUCCAUAUAAUCAUAGUGCAAAAAAUACAACCAACCCAGAUCAGAAUUCAAUAUCUCAGCAAAUAUGCAGGAAAUUUUUUUAA